ACCCUAGCAGCCCCUUGACCCCCUGAGCUUAGAACUUUAUUUGACUCUAAAAUUUAAGGGAGUAGCUGAUCUGCUAGGGCUGACUGACCACAUGCAGCUGCAUCAUCUUGCAUUUCCCAAACCUACCAUUGGAUAUACAUGGCGCUUUCUAGUUUCUACUAUGUACUUAAGCAGCAAAUUGGCAGGAGUCUCAUUACAUGCCCGGUGCCUUGAUCUGAGGCAAUUUUGUUCGCUCCGUCAUCUCAUGCGACAAAAGAGAGAGACCGAAUCAAGGAUGACCCAAUCUUUGCAUCAACCUCGUAUCAGUUUGUGCACCUCACGAUCGUAAGACAGAAUGAUCAAGGCUCAUGACAUUACAGAAACCUGAUAGCUCAUGAAUGAUCUCCACAAUUACACAAUAUUGACAAUAUUUGCGCAGAAU